UGCUGCACCAUUCGUCCAUUCCUUUCCUCCUCCGUUCUCCGACGAUCGCUGCUGCACAAUUCCUUUCCUCCUCCGUUCUCCGACGAUCCAGCUCGAGGAACGAUCCAUGGCGGUGUUCUACAGGUACAGGAGCGGGGUGGACACCUUCUCCGUGCCCAUGCAGGAGCCUUCCGUCUCCGUCGCCGAGCUCAAGCGCCUCAUCAUGGCCACCGCGCGCCACGGCCAUUGACGUUCGCGCGGCCGCGGCCCCAGGGAGAGCGUCGCGCUGUACAGCGACAACACCGGCGAGGAGUACGCGGACGAGGCCGAGCUGAUCCCGAGCGGCUGCACGGUCGUCGUGCGGCGCCGAGUCGCGGGGCCACCUGCAGAGACGAUCGUCGAGUUGACAACAAAGAAGCCAAUGUCGCAGGGCGGUGGUGGUUCUUCGUCGGACUCUGGAGCGACGUCGACGGGAGCUGAAGUCGACGACGAGGAGAAAGCUAUCAGCGCCGUGAUCGACGCCGCACAGCUCAAGUGGGAGGCCCCGACGUCACAAGGAGGCCACUGUUACGGUCACCGCGGCGCACACGCGGGCAGGGCGCCGCCGGCCGGGUACGUGUGCCACCGGUGCCGCGUCCCGGGACACUUCAUCCAGCACUGCCCCACCAACGGCGAUCCAAGAUUCGACAUCCCGAGGGUGGCGCCAACUCCAGCGUCCUCACCGGCGCCGGCUGAGUCCGGGGAAUCUGGCGGCGUCAUCCCGGCGGAGCUCUACUGCAAGAUUUGCCGGAACGUGAUGGCCAACGCGGUGCUGGCGAGCAAGUGCUGCUUCGACAGCUUCUGCGACAGGUGCAUCCGGGACCACAUCGCCGCCAAGUCCAGGUGCGCGUGCGGGGCGCAGGCGCGCGCCGGCGACCUGAUCCCCAACACGACGCUCCGCACCACCAUCGCCAACCUGCUCGCCACCACCACCGGCGCCGCAGCAAGCGCCUCAAGUGGAACCGACAAGACGAGGAGCUCCGCCGGCAGCAACGCGCCACAGCCGGCGGCGCCGCAGAGCCCGGCCGCUUCGCAGGCGAGCCGCAGCAACGUGUCUUCCAAGAAGAGCGCCACGAUCUCAUCGGGUGUCCUCGGACCAAGAAAGGCGCGGGAGAUGGUGGUGCCGGGCGACCACUCAGCACAAUCCGGGGCUCUCGCCGUCGACGGCGAUCGCCACGGCAGCUACGGCUUCCCGUUCGGCCCGGCGCCAGGCUACGUCGACCCCUUCUUCGCCGUCGGCGUGCCAUUCGGAGCCGAUCCUUACAUGUACUACGGCGGCGCGCCUUACGGCUGUGGCGGCGCUGCUUACGGCUACUACGGCGGCGAGGAUCGCCGUGACACGAAGAGGACGCGCCUGCGAUGAUCGCACGUCACCGGUCAAUUGUUGCCUGCUGGCUGCGCUCAACGCUAGCUUGGAGAUAUUUUCUUCUCUCCUUUUUGUGUUCUCCGAUGAUUCGGAAGACAAGUAGCGAGUCAAAACAUGUAUGAUUCUUGUAUAGUUGUAUGUGUAAAUGCUAUGAACUUGUGUGAUUCU